AUGCGCGAUCCCAGGUACAAGCCGCUCUUGAUGAGCUGCUCUUGCAAGGAACUAGUCAAAAAGCUUCAGGCUAUGUAUCCAGGUGUCGUGAGCGACACAAAGACGAUUGGACAAAUGUACAAUGCUGAACGCAGGGAAUGCUUGCCCAACUUUUGCGAGCUAGCAAUCCCCAGAGUCGACUGCGUCCAUGCUGCAGGCAUGUUGAGAGCUACGAUUGAAUCAUUGGGCAUAGGCUAUACCGACGUGACCAACGAGGACAUGAAAGGAUGCGUGCCCACGCUGAUACUCACUCUUAACGUUCGCCCUAUGAUCUGUAUCUUGAGGCUCUCUGGUGCUUUCUAUGCGGAAUCCGUGUGCGAAGCUAUUCGGGCUUUACUUGAACAUAAUGCCCAGGCCAGACUGGACCAGGACAUUGAGUUCAGUAUUGAUGAUACCAUCUGUGGCAACUGA